UCCUCUAUAUAUGUAUGACCAAUACUUGCAAACACCAAAUAUAAGACGAAGAAGAAAAUGGGUUCGAAGUCUCCAAAUAUUGCUGCACUUGUGUUGCCACUGCUUCUUAUACUGUUCUCUCUUUCCUCUCAAGCUAGACUCGUCGAAUCUAGUGGGCGCAAACUGGUUGGAUCGUCAGUUACAUGCAGUGUAUGGAGAAUAGUUGUUGAAAGAUGGCUGUUGGAAUUUUGCGGUUGAUAAGUUCAAAGGAGCGAGACUUUUCUUUUUGAGUGAAGGUUCGACACAUGCUGAACUUGUUGCAAUGGCUCAAGAAGAUUAUAACCUAGACAUGAACACAGAGUCUGUGCAGUUAGCCUACUUAUUACCAGAGGCAAUGAUGCAACAGAUGACCCCAGACACCCCUCCUAUUCAUGUUACAAGUGAUAGACAAGUUCAGAACUUGCUCGAGAUAGCUAAAAUGCAUGAAGUACGUCUUUGUGUAUCAAGCCUUAGCAAGAUGAUAGCUGUUUCAGAGGAAGGGGAAGAGGAUGAUGAAUGGGAUGAAGCUGAUGAAGGGAAUAAAGCUGAUGAAGUGAACGAAGAUGAUGAUGAUAUGGCUGAAGAUGAAAAACAUGAUGGGGAGGGGGAUGAUGGCGACGAGGAUGCUGAUAUCCCUAUUGUUGCUGAAGCGGUUGAUGAUGCUGAGGAUUACAGUGAGUAUGAGAAGGUUAAAGAUGAGGAUGAGGAUGAGGAAGAAGAUGAUGAUAUGUGUUUUGAAGAUUUCAAAGGGACAUAUGGUAGUGAAGGAGGAAGAUCGUAUGGUAGCAAGAUCUAUGUCAACCAGAGUUUUGCUAGUAAGGAUGCAUUGGUUUCAGAGUUGCGGUUGACAGCGGUGAGGCGUAAGUUCUCCUUCAGAAUAUACAAGUCAAUGAAAACUCUCCUUGUGGCAACAUGUCGGGUUAAUGGUUGUGGAUGAUAGAUCAGAGCGAGUGUGAAACAUGAGACAAACACUUUUUGAGUAACCAAGUAUGUGGAAACUCAUACAUGUUAUGUGGGAGACAUAAUCGCCCAGCGGAAACACUGUACUCCGAAGUAUAUUGGUAGGAUUUUCAUAGAUCGUGUUGGAAUCAUUGAUGGGUUGAAUCCGCAGCAUAUCAAAGAUGCCAUGAAGAACAUGUUUGGCAUGACACUUGAUUACACCACUUCAUACAGAACAUUGUUAUAUGCACAAGAAUUGGUGAGAGGAUCAGCGGAAGAUGGGUAUGAGCGUCUGCCUUCAUAUUUGGAGCAAAUCUCCUUAGCAAAUCCGGGUUCUAUCACUGGUCUGGAACUUGAUUCUCAAAAUAGAUUUAAGUACCUAUUUCUCUCCUUUGGAGAUUCUAUCUGAGGUUUUAAGUAUCAGAGAAGGGUCAUUGUGGUGGAUGGGACUCACCUAAAUGGGAAGUAUGAAGGUGUUAUGUUUGUUGCAGCCGCACAAGAUGGUAAUUUUCAGAUAUUUCCAUUGGCUUUUGCGAUCGUUGAUGGUGAAAAUGAUGAAUCUUGGGAGUGGGUUUUUCACAAAAUUGGCGAGUUGUGUAUCUGAUGAGUAUCCUCUGGUGAUAGUCUCCGACCGGCACACGGCCAUUAAGAAUGCGUGUGAUAAGGUGUUUCCUUGGGCUACCCGAGGAAUAUGUUAUUAUCACCUUCAACAGAACAUUGUCCAAAAGUAUAAAGGGAAGCAUCUCUUAUACUUGGUGAAAGGUGCUGCUUAUGCUCAUACACUUUACGCUUUUGACCGGUACAUGGAUGAGAUAAGGAGUGCAAACCCAGAACUUGUAACAUAUUUGGAGAAUACCGACGUGACCCUAUGGUCAAGGGUUCAUUGUCAGGGAGACCGGUACAACAUAAAAACUAUAAACAUCGUUGAAUCUAUUAAUUCCGUACUGAAGCAAGCUAGAGGAUUUUCGAUUCAUUUCCUGUUAGAGUUCAUAAGGGAUAAGCUAUCAAGGUGAUUUUGGAAAAGGAGAGAAGAUGCUUUGAGUCUCACAACUCAACAUAGUCGGCGGGUUGAAUACUUGCUUGCUGUUCGAUCGGAGAUAGCGGAUACAAUGUCUGUCCAACAAAUUGAUGAAUGGCGAUUCUUUGUGCAAAGUGGCAAAAGGACUGUGUUGUUGAUUUGGAACAUCGAAAGUGUGAUUGUGGUGUCUAUGGUGUCGAGAAAGACCUUGCGCUCAUGCCAUAGCAGCUGGAUCAUAUGCUGGUUUGCAUAUCUCCACACUUGUAUGCCCGGUCUACUCAAAGGAUACUUUGUUUGCAUGAUACUCAGAGAAUAUAUAUCCUUAUGCUGGACAACAAGUUGAGGUACACACAUGCUUUCCUCCGGAAGUAAAGUGUGGUCCAGGGAGACAUAAGAAAUCAAGAUGACAAUCUUGGGUAGAGCUAUCGAGGAUGAGAGGACGCACACCCCGGAAGCAACACAGGGUUUAUAGUUGUUCGGUCUGCAAAGAAACUGGCCAUACGCGUCCACAAUGUAAGAACUGACGUGGACGACCUUCUCAGGAGUCGUCCAGAAGACUUAACUCCUGGAAGACCUUCUGAUUAGUCGUCCAGAAGACUUAACUCCUGGAAGACCUUCUGAUUAGUCGUCAAGAAGACUAUCUAUCUGCGUAUCUGUUAUGACUAUCUGUUAUGAAUUUCUCUGUAUUAAGAAUUUAUCUGCUUAUCUGUUAUGUGUUAUGAGUUUACGUGUUAUGAAUUUAUCUGAAAUUGCAACUUAAAAAGACAACAACUCCACUAUUAUAUUAGAUUAUCCGAAAGGUUACAACACUACCAAACUAAUUUCCUACGAAAUGAUAGUUUGGUACGAGGAUAGGUUACAAAAAACUACAUCCUAUCCUGACCCUGUUACAAAAACAACAUCUUCCUAAUCUGUCAUACAAAAGCACAUUUCAUCCCACAAGUUCAAGUACAAAUAAAACAUCAUUAACCUUGCUCGUCAUAAGUUCCCAGGUUCUCAUCAUUGUCUUCGUUCUCUUUUGAAUGGCCUUCAGGAGUCUCCUUAAAUAUAUCCAAUGCCAUCUUCUCCCUUAUAGCCUUCGCGUUCUUGUUACAAAACUCUGGAGUAAAUGACAUCCCAAGAGCAUGACAUUCGAUGUACUUCAGAGCGAACACGCCUCAAUCACCAGCUCAGCGCUGAGGUACUCCAACAGUAACUCUCUCAUAUGUGUAUGGCUCUAGUGUGUGUUGGACACGUUCUUCGUCAGAGCCAGCGCACUCAACAAGCAGAUAAGGAACCAUUGUGACAAAAGGCUCCAUGACCACAUCGAGUUCUGCAGCUCUAAUAUGCGAUAUAAUGCUGUCCCAGACAAUUAUGUGCUUCUUAGAGAUCAAUAUCCACAUAGCAAUCCAAUGCUCGUUCCUGAAGUUCACUGGCGCAUAAAUAUCAUCCACAUCCAACCCCCAAACCUUCAUAGAUUGGCAAAAUGUUGGUACAAUACCUGCAUGAUAAUUCCACGCCCCACCAGGGAGUCUUCUUCCUAAGCCGUUGAUGUUGCCCUCGUCGCUCUUAAAUUCCGGGUACUUGUGAGACCACUGCCGAGAAAAUACAUGAUCAAGAAAGCACAGUCUCUCGCUCCUGAAAUGAUGUGGAUUAUCUUGGUACCGUUGCCUCAGUACAUUAAUAAAAGCAUCCAUAUGCUGCAUAUAAAACAAUACAAGUCAGAGAUACUUAUCAAACGACUUACAAUUAAGUCGUCUAGUAAGUCUUCUGUUAUGUCUUCUAGAGAAGACUUACCAGACGCCUUAACCGUAAGUCGUCUGAUAAGUCUUCUCUAGAAGACAUAACAGAAGACUAAUUGGUAAGUUUUCUGUUAAGUCUUCUAGAGAAGACAUAACUACUGGUAAGUGGGAAACUAGAAGACAUAGCAGAAGACUUACUCUGUCGUUCAGCUAUUCUAAGGGGGUUCAGAGGGUGUGAUAAAACCGACUUGGACAUCUACGUGGUUUUUUGUCCAUAGGUAUUUUAAAAUAACUGCAAACACAAAAUGUAGAUAAGCAAUAAUUUUUUGUAUACUAAAGGAAGCUAUUAUGGGACAUUCUCACUUACGGAUCAAGUUUCACCCAGUCAGUGAGCACCUUCGACAUCUUCUUGUCAAAGGGUGAAAAAGGAUCAUAGCCUUGGCCAACCCUUUUGUUUGGAAUGAUCACUUUGGUAGUGUUGUUUCCCUUAAAAGGAGAUUGCUGUGAGGCAGAAAGUUUCCUUGCUCGGUCACUCUUUCCACGGACAUGUACCAUAGCAGCAUCCUUCGUUCUCUGCCUUCUAGUUUUCCCCUUCUGUAAAUCAGAAUCAGUGGGUACUCCUUUGUCCAAUACAAGAACGCUAGGUUCACCACUCUGUUCUGUAGGUUUCCCCUCGGGCUCAUUUGCUAUCACAAGACUCAGGUCUUUCGAGGAACUCGGUUCUUGGGGGUCAUUCUUUCCUGCUUUCGCCCUAUUCACACUUUCACUAUGCAAUUUCGAUGUACAAAAAAUGUGUUUAUAAAAUAUUAACCAAAUAUCCAAUUCACACAUCAAACAAAAUCCAUACAUAAGCAAUGAUCCAAGCACACUAGAAACAAACACACAUGUUCUGACAUACAAUGAUUCAUCCAAGCACACACAAGAAACAAAGCACAUCAUUCCUUAUUCCUAAUACUUUGUCUAGUCAAUCUCUUCUCUGUGAUUUUGGGAGAGGUUUUGGUACUAACCCCGGGUUCGUGCCCACGCUUUGGCGGACUUGAAGUUGUGAUUUGAAGUUCAUUAGAUGCAGUCCCUUUUUUGGUGAUUCCCACCUUCUUCUCCACAGCUUACAUCCUAUCCCCCAACAACUUGAUCUCCUUAAGGCACAUCCCAAACCCAUCCCUCAUGGCAUCAAUUAUGUCCAUGAAGCUUUUUUUAAUCUGCUCAUUGGUCAUCCCACCAACAGACGUAGAAGCCUCUGAACGAGCCUCUGCAGAAGGCACUUUACUAGCAUCAAGAGAAGCCUCUUUACGAACCUCUUUACGAGCUUUCUUCUGAGGUCUUGCACUUUCUUCCUUCACACCACUCUCUGUCUCCGCUGCACUCACUUCCUUCUUCACACUCAGGUUAGUACUGGUGACUUUCCAGCAAUCCAUGGUCCCCCUUCCAAUUAGCUUUCACAUUAAACAUGACUUUGAUUAUGUUCUCCGCGUCUGGGUCCUCUACAUCAAAGUCCUUUGCCACCAUUGUAAGCCAGCAACAGCGGAGAUGGUCUGUUUGGUAUGGGAUGCCCAUAACUAGCACCAAAUUCUGGCAGAGAAAAGUACGCCCACACCUGGAAAACUUGAAUAAACCCAUCAACAAUGUAUGAAUUUGAUUCCAAAUCUUUUCCCUUCAAAGACUCCAUCAGCACCUUAAACGUCACUCUCCCCCAAGGAUAAUUCUUAAAUCUUUCUAAAUCCAUCACUAGCCUUGCAAGACUAGCCCGUGUAGCGGUUGAGUAUUUUCUCCCUUCAAUGAAUCCAGUGAAGAUGGCAAGGUAUCCGAGCCGCAUGCGAUCAUACUGAGACCACUCCUCGCAUCUCCCAAAUGCUGCUAUUAUUUGUUCAGUAGUUGGCCCAGCAUCGACAUCAACACCCAUAAUCUCUCAGAAAGCAGCCAUCUCCUUCGUAACCUCACACCUUGGAUUUUCCAGGUCCUCGAUGUAAUCGCAGUUCAGACCAGUGAGGUGUUCAAACUCUAACAGUGAAAACCUCACCGGUUGUGGACCAACGAGACUCCUGAGCUCAUACUUCUUCUUGAUUUUAAGCUGGAAACCGAGCUUAUAAUGAACCAGCCUUGAAGUCCAACCAAAAUUCAGCUCCUUGAACUUGAUGAACACUCCCAACUUCGACUCCUUCAGCUCCUCAUAUUCGUCAGCGUUUAGAGCUCGCCUUAGAGCAGUAAAUAAAUUCGAGUCAUCAGUGUGAUACAAAAUGCUCUUUAGUGCUGGGGCUCUUCCCCUAAUGUAUAUAUCCACAUCGGGAGUGCUGGUAAAUCCAUUUUCCGGCCUGCAAAACAAUCAAAAACAAGCAUCUCAAACACAUAACAAGCACACUAUUCUAAAUACAAAUACUAGAAGACUUGCAUGUAAAUUUUAGUGAGAAGACUACUGAGACGACUUCCAGGAAGUCUUAUACAAAGUCUUACACUAUGGAAGACUUUCAACGAAGACUUAGGUCGUCUGGAAGACUUCCAGGAAGUCUUCUACAAAGUCUUACACUCUGGAAGACUUCCAGAAAGUCGUCUGAGUAGUAUUUCUGAAUAAAUACAAAAACUGUUUCUUUAAAAGAUGGAUAACUUACAGUCGGAGAAGAUAUGGUUUCCAACGACACCAGCGGUUACAGAUAUGCAAAAAUCAAUGGGAAAAGAAGAAUCAAGACUAGAAUUAGUAGGGUUUUACGGCGGCUAAACGCCUUAAGACAAGAGAAACAACUUACCGGCGGCAGAGUUCAACGAGAUGCGGUUUCAAAUCUGAAACAAAGGAAGCGGAUGGUCAGUUUAAACUACUAAAUACUCUAUGCCAUGAAGUAGAAACAAGAUUCGUCGUAAGAGGAGAGAUUACCGGCGGUGAGAACGACUGAAAACGAGAGAUUACCGGCGGUGAGAAAUCAGAGCGUAAUCACCUUCGUAAUUGCCUCUGGAGAGAAACGGCGCUAGGGUUUUGGAAAGUUGUGAAAAAGUGAAAAAAAAUAGUAUUUAUAUGUCCGGUAAAUGAUCCGGUUAGGUUUAAAAGUACAUUGGUAAAAUAAAGGAUUUGGUCCGGUAUGGACGACUUCCCUGUAAGUCGUCCAUCUAAAAUUAUUCACCAUGGAAGUCGUCUGGACCCUAAACAUAACCCCUAAACUAAAUUAACUAACUAAACACUUCAUAAAAUCAAAAUAAACUUAAAAAGUGUUUACUAUAUACACAAAUAAUCACAUGUAGGUAAGAAUUUAAUUUUUCAAAAAAACAUUUAUGCCAUCCAAAAUCUUAACCCUAAGAAUACAUAUAAUAGUACAACAUAUGUUGUCAAACCCUAGAGCAAAUAAUACCAUGAUUCACUAGUUACACUCAUCUAAGUUGAAAACAAUUCAAUUUUAUUAUAUUUUAAUAAAUAUCACUUAAAACUGUUUAUAAUUACAUGAUUUUAAUUUUUCUCUUAUCAAAAUAUUUUUUACAUAAUUUAUAAAUUAUGUUUAAGAUUAACUAUACCAGAAGACUUUCCUGGAAGUGGUCCAGAAGACUUACAGUAUCUCAGAAGACUCAGACGACUUUCUGGGACUAUAUUUAUAAAAAUGAGUUCUGUUUUUUUGUUUGGUCACAAGGGGCUGGCUGUAAUUUCACAAAUCUUUUAGGUUAGUUUUGCAUUUGAUUCAAGUUUGAGUAUAUGUUUGUAUUUAGAAUCAAGUUUUGAGUAGUAUUUGGCAAAUUCCUCUAUAAAUUUUGCUAAAUCAAAAAACUUGGUUGCUAAUAUUUGUUAAUUAUAUUUUUUCCAAUUUACUUAAGAAGGAUCUAGAGGUGUAAAGAAAAAAAGCGUUUAUAAUUUAGCAAAAAAAAAAAAAAGAGAGUAGAACCCAAUCAGAACUUAUUGCUAAUGUGUGUUGGUUAUUUGUUUCAUAUAAUUCGACUUUUAAAAAUGUGCCAUAUUAUAUGAAACGCGUGAUAGACUUUUAUUUUCAUUCUUUGUCUAAUUCAUUAGGAUAUUGUUUCUUUUUUCUUUCGCCUUUGUUCAAUUUCUUUGUUUUCCAUGGAGGUCGAUGGAGUCUAUUAUGUGUAUACAGCUAGGGUUAAGGGAAAAUAUUUUUAUUGAAUCAAAUUAAUCUCUCCACAACGAUAGAAAUAAGUAGAAACACACACUAUUUGGAAAAUAAAAUAAAGUACAAAAACGAGCGAGAAAAGAAAAACACUACGAAGCUAAGCUAAAACAA